AUGAGUCGAAUACUAUAUGCCGACGUCGAAAAGCGCGCUGGGACCACGGAACCAGCACUAUUCGAGGAUGAGACGGGCGCUGUCCCUGCGACUAGCUUUGAGUAUGGCGACACGCUUUACGCAAAGCUUCAACGACUCGGUGGCAAGAUCAACGUUGAACAACGAGGCAUCGAACGCGUCCCGGACGACGAAAGAACGGACAAUUCAUAUUGGAAUAUUGGUUCCAUGUGGCUUGCUGCCAACAUGGUCGUGCCUUCGUUUACUAUUGGGGUUCUGGGCAAACCGCUGUUCGCCAUGGGCUUUGUGGAUUCGGUAUUGGUGAUAAUCUUCUUUAACAUGAUCGCAGUCAUGACUGUCUGCUUCUUUUCCGCCUUUGGUCCUGCUUUUGGACUACGACAGAUGGUGUUGUCGCGAUUUUGGUUUGGAUGGUGGGGAGUGAAGCUGAUCGCCAUAUUCAAUGUACUAGCUUGCAUCGGCUGGGCUGCUGCUAAUAUCAUAGUCGGAGCGCAACUGAUCAAUGCCGUCAAUCCCAGCGUCCCUGGGUACGCAGGAAUCCUGAUAAUCGCAUUCUGCACUCAGCUUGUUGUUUUCUUCGGAUAUCGAGUGGUACAUGCGUAUGAAUAUUGGAGCUGGAUUCCGACCUUUAUCGUUUUCCUGGUUGUGCUCGGUGUAUUUGCUCAUUCCGGAGAUUUCGUGAACAUCCCUAUGAACGUCGGUCGUGCAGAACUAGGAUCUGUUCUCUCUUAUGGGUCCACAGUCUUUGGCUUCGGUACCGGAUAUACAAGCUUCGCAGCCGACUACACCGUCUAUCAGCCAAGCAAUCGUCCUCGGCGCAAGGUCUUCCUCGCCACGUGGCUGGGUAUUUUCCCGACCUUGCUUUUUACGGAAAUCCUCGGUGCUGCGGUAAUCACAAGUACUGCCAUCAAUGGCGGAGAUAAUGCAUACCAACAGGGAUGGGAUGAGGCUGGCGUCGGGGGCCUACUCGGCGCUGUUCUAUUCCCAAAAAUUGGAGGGUUUGGCAGAUUCUGUGUUGUCAUUCUCGCGCUUUCUAUUGUCGCUAAUAAUUGUCCAAAUAUCUACUCGGUCUCGUUGACUUUGAUGGUCAUGGGACGAUGGACUCGUCACGUUCCUCGGUUCGUCUGGACGGUCUUUGCUACUGGGGUUUAUAUUGCUAUUGCGAUCCCCGGCUAUAGCAACUUUGAAGCCGUGUUGGAAAACUUCAUGCACUUCAUUGGGUAUUGGUUGGCGAUUUACGAAGGAAUCGCGUUGACUGAACACUUCGUAUUCAGGCGAGGAUUUUCUGGUUACCAUCCCGAAGACUAUGACAACCGUGACAAACUCCCACCUGGUAUCGCGGCUUUGCUUGCAUUUUGUUGCGGAAUUGUCGGAAUGGUUACUGGAAUGAGUCAGUCCUGGUGGGUUGGGCCUAUCGCCAAGCAAGCGGGCUUAGACCCUACUGGAGGCGAUGUUGGCUUCGAGCUAGGUUUUGCGUUCGCUGCUGCUUCCUAUGUGGUUCUGAGAAUGAUUGAACUGAAGAUUUUUAAGCGUUGA